UUUUUUAUUCGUAUUACCCGAGAAAUCGUAGCAUACUGUCAUCUUUGACAUUAUUUUCAAUUUUUACAACCGAUUUUUAAAAUAUAGACGCACCAACAAACGGAUGCUUUUAUUAUUAUUCCUAAUUGCACUACCAUUGUUGUGCCUAAUUACUGUAUAUUAUUUUGUUUAAUCAAGGCAUGGAAUACAUGAAAACUGAAGAAAAGUCUCCGCUCCUUUUAUACGUUACCGAUGGCGAAGAGAGUCUCUCGAAAAACAACAAAAGAUUGAACUGUGAUAAAGGAAGAUUAUAUGGCAUAUCCUCUGGUGCCACCACUGUGUUUACCGACUUCCCAAAUUAUGUGAGUCCUUGUUGGUUAACGGCAAUUUUAUCAGGACUGAUUUUUUUCAUGAUGUUUUUGCUGACCGUAUCAUCUAUAGGAUCAGUUCGUGGCUCUAGGUUACCAAGAUGUGCCGGCAGCUACUUAGAUCAUAUUGAUAAUCGUACUAUUCAUCUAGUUCACGAUUCGUCCGAUUGGAGUUACGAAAAUCUCGAUAUUUUGCAGAGACUAAAAGACGAAUAUUCGGGAUAUCAUGUGCAUAUUCUGAAUUUGAAAAGAGAAAAUGUCUGGGAAAAUGUUUUAAGUUCUUCUCAUCCAACACCAACUACGCAAGACACUACAGUUACGAAAGCGUUGCCUUCAACACCGGUUUUGCGGAGAAGUAAACGAAAUAAACGAAACUUGACAACAUUGAAACGAAGAAAAAGGGAUCAAGAUGCAAAUAUUGCGCCUAUCUUAGGUGUAAAAAGUUUACUGGACAUAUUGUUAAACAGUAGGAUGGGAAACGUAAAAAUGUUUAAACGAAAUGAUACUGUACCUAAAAUUUCAACUUUGAUGUCUACGGAUAUUUUUACAACUACACCAGAACCGCAACUGAGUUUUGAAGUUAUCGCAGCGAACGAUCCAAACUUGACAGUAGAAAAUGUAACGGUGGAGGAAGCUUUUGAAAAUACCUUAUUGGAGAGACAUUGGAUUAGAUAUAAUCCUGCCCUGAUAGUUUUUUCACUACGGGUCUUAAGAUUAUGGGAGUUUGGAGGCCUCACUUUCAAACUAGACCAAACAGAUGGAGUUUCUACUCAUAGUGCUUUGGACAGCUAUACAAUAACAUCAGAUAUUGGCGUAAAAGUGUUGCCAGCUUCCACCACUAAAUUAUUGCAUUUUAUCAAAUCCGGAAGGUCGGUAUUCGAGAACUUACCACAAGAUGUCGUGACAGCAGACGACGAGGGAAUUCACAUGUUCACCAAGACACCUUGCCACGCUUUCUUCGGCGAGGUGCUCUUCGUCUUGAAGAAAGCACGUGGUGACGAAACAGUAAAGACUGUCAUUCAAAGAUCACUGGAGAUCUUCUGUCUCAAAUCUUCAAUGAUGGCCAGAAAAUAUUGUAAAAAUUUUAUCAAAAAAGGCGGAUAACUGGAUUUAUUUUAAUAAUAUAUUUUUUAGUUUUUGUU